ACGUAUAGAUUAUGUUUUAAAGAACGGGCAUUGAGAACGCCAUUUUCGCCUAUUUGCCCUAAAAAAUUCAUCCUCCAAAUUCACCCUUCAAUCCCACCAUGUCUCACCGCGAUUUUAACUCUUCACCCACGAACUCUUCUGUGCUAGAUUCCCUAAAAAUUUCAUCCUCCAAAUUCAGCACUUCAAUCCCACGAUCUCUCACCACGAUUUCAACUCCUCACGCACGAACUCUUCUGCACUGGAUCCCAAUAACAUGAUUUCACAGUUUUAUCAAAGCAAUUAUACUUUUACAGUAUAGAGUUCUAUUCUUUCUCCAUCGUGUGCAUAUCAAACAACAAUUUUGGAGUACAAGAGGUGAUUGGAUUUAAUGGCGGCGGAAAUCAAUUUCGCUAGCAAAAUUAAUAGCAAGUCAAUGAAUUAGAAAUUAAAGGGCGACCGCAUUCACGCAAGUAUUGGCAGGUCUUUUAUCUAAAGGUUCAAACAAGAAAUUAAGGAAAUGGGUUUGUACAUCAUGAAGAAUUUCGUGGUUUGUCCGGAUAAUAUGAAGCUGGAGACCAAAGACCACAAGUUUAAGUUGAUGUUCACGCAUCAGACCACUGUUGAUGAAAUACAUGAUCCACAUUUCAAUAUGUGUAUUUUGAAAUUUAGAACUUAUGAGCAGCUGUCAAAUCCCCAAGAAUUUGACAAUACUGAGCUAUUCGUUGUUAUUGGCAAAAUUGUGAGCUAUGAGGACGUACAAUCUAUCAAAAAACAAGAUGAUAACAUCCAUGUAUACAUGAACAUUGAGAUACAAGAUUAUGAGACAUGUCCUGAGGAGCGUAGAGAAGCUGUAAAAUCUUUGAUUUUUGCAGCAGCUAGACUCGCUGACGUGCCAGAAUUAUGUCAACUAAGAAGUGUAUUUACUGAGAUAUAUGAAAAUUCCCUUGUGAAGAGCAAAUCUGGCUGUUCCGACUUCUAUUGUAAGAUUACUAGAAACAUCAGAUAUUGGUCUGCAAUAGAAGAUAUUGUCAAUGAUCAAAAGUUGGAAACAAGAAAUGUGUCGAGAAACUGCUCAUGUAUUGUAAUCUCUAUUGUUUCCUUUAGGAUUUGAUGGAACUUUAGAUUCUUAGAGUUUAAGUUAAGUUCCCUCACAAAUUGAUAAUCAAUUUCUAAAGCUAUAAAUAUAUUGCCAUCUUCACUUAGU